AGGUUCUGAUAUGAUUGUUGUUGUUUUGGUGGAGCAACGCAUUUUGUGCCGUGGCUGCUCACUCUCACUCACUCUCACUCUCACUCUCACUCACUAUGUCCAACGAGGAGAAGGAAGUUACCAGUAGUGAUGAAAAAUCUAAUAGUAAGGAAUGUGAGAGCAGCAAAACUACUGCAGAUAGUACAUGUGAAGCGGGUAAUACAACUGAUGGUGUAACUUCAGACAGCCAACCACAGAGCUCAGAAGAAGCAGUACAUCCUGACACAAAUGAGGUUAAGCCAGACACUCAAUCUGAAGCCCUACCAUCUGGGGAAGCAGUAAGCUUUAAACUUGUCUACAAUAAGACAAAAUAUGAUAUAGAAUUUCCUUUCGAUGGCACAAUCAAACAGUUGAAGGAGCACCUAAGUUCGAUAAUUAAUGUGUUACCAGCAAUGCAAAAAGUGAUGAUCAAAGGGCUGGCCAAAGAUGAGAAGACACUUAGGGAAUUAGGAGUAACACGAGGGGCUAAGGUUAUGGUAGUGGGCUCCAAGCUCGAUGAUGUAGUCAGUGUUAAUACUCCAAAAUCAGAUAGUGCUUCGUCAGAGAAGCCAAGCACCACUACUUCAACAAAAGAACCACUCAGUAGACAAAAACUCCAUCGUAAGAUUCUUGAUAAAGGGUUGCCAGACGAUGUCAUGCCAGGAAUUAAGAACAGUAAGGAUGUAUUGCCGUCAUAUCCACUAUCUGGGAUGGUUAACAAACAUGGAGGGAAGGUUCGACUCACAUUUAAAUUAGAGCUAGAUCAGAUAUGGAUUGGCACUAAGGAACGCACUGAAAAAAUCAACAUGAAUCACAUCCGGCAAGUUGUUUCAGAAGCAAUAGAAGGUUAUGAACAAUAUCACAUUAUGGGACUGCAGCUGGGGCCAACAGAAGCCUCACGCUACUGGAUCUACUGGGUUCCUGCACAGUAUGUUGAUGCCAUUAGAGACACAGUUCUUGGCAAGUGGUAAUGUUAAGGGGACAUUAGGGUUUUCAUCACAAACACAUUUUUAUUGGUUCAUCAUGAUCAUAUUUUCUGCCUUAGUAGGAGCAGAUGGAACUUCAGGACCUUGCACUAAACAUCCAUGAGGUAGAAGGUUGGGAAUGUAUGCAAUAGGAAGACUAUACCAAUAUAUUAUCCUAAAUGAUAUUGUGCUUUGCCUGUUAUUUACCUUGUGAAUCUUGCACUAAUUUUCCAGCUGGAAGGACAUAACUCCAUUUUUCUCACUUUCUACCCACUUCAACUGCUUGAAAUAGGAGCAGUUGUACCAUGCAAGUUUUUAAAAAUUGUAAGAUCAAAUGUUCAUUAUGUUAUUGUUUAAAAAGUUGAUAUGGAGGCUAAAAGUUCCAUCUGCAGUGCUAGGGCUACUAUUGGCCAUAAAAGAGGGUUGGAGGGAAAGUGAUGUAAACUGUGUUAAGCAUUGUGAUUUUUCAGCAAGCUUUCUAUAUUUUUGUUGCUCAUGUUAUGUGAGAACUUAAAUUAGUCUUAGAGCCAAUAUUUUUUAUCACAUGGUGCUUAAGAAUAAAUAGAUUGAUAACAAAACAAGGCUUCAUCUAGUACAGUACAAUAAUCUAAAGAAAAUGCGAUAGGAGGAAGAGUAAAGAUUUUUUACAUGUUUUACGUACAACAGCUUUUGGUGGUUUAUAAAUGCAAGAAAAAGGAUGGAAAACUAUAUAAAAAAAAAUCACUACCAAAUACCUGAGACAAAUUUGUGUACCUAAUUUUUCACUCAUCUUUUAACUCACUCUUUGGAGUUCAAACAUAAAUUGCUUCUGAGCCAGUAAAUUUGCCAUUUUUGAGCUUUGUGAAAUUUUUCAGAGUAACUUGCGCACAUUUAUACCUUACAAACACAGGCUUUUCACCCCCCCCCACCAGAGAACUUCUGAGAAUCAUUAAGUGCAUUAUUUUGUAUUUAAGACUUAGUGUUAUGAGCUAUUGUUUUGUUAUUUAUAACUUUAGAAAGUUACCAUACUGUUUUUUGAGGUGGAUAUUACAAAAGUAAGAGGAAUAUCUUACUGUAAGAUAAUAUUGAAGUCUAGACUGUAAUUGCCUUGAUUUUCUCAAAAUAUGAAUAGUCGGAUUGGAUAUGGGCAUUUUGAGAGAUUAAUAUUUGAAGAAGGUAUUGUAAGAAGUUAUAAAUAAUUACAGAAAGGUAUAGGAGAAAGUGCUAAAAAAUUGGUAAAAUGGAAAAUAGGAAAGAGAAAAGCAAGAGCAAAACAGUUUGUGAAAUAGACAUUAGAGCUGGCAAUGAUAAAAUAUUCAGAUAAUAACACUAAAAAUUUUUGUAUAAUGCUAAUGUUGCUUUUCCUUUUUGUAUGCUAUACUCGCAGCAGCUGUGUCAGUAAUUUGUAUUUGUAUUAGUAACUCACAAAAAUACGUAGAAUGUGUAUUAAUAUACAGUAUUUGGAAAUGCAAUAUAUUCUCGGUAAUGCGAUUUAUGUAAUUUUAAUACUCAGUGUAUUGAGAUUAGGCAUAGGAUGAAGGUUCUUUCUAUGGGUGGUUAGUUACCUGCCAUUAAAAAUUUUAUCUGUAUGUACAAAUAUUAUUGAGACAAGAGGUCAGUCCUCUCCUAAGCAUGAAUCUUGUAGAUGCCUAAGCAUUUAUUGUUAAAUUUCAUUGAUGGAAGCAUAGGCUGUGUGGAUGCUGAAGUCCACUUUUUUUUUUUUCUUUUUAAUACACUGGCCAUCUCCCACCGAGGCAGGGUGACGUCUACUUAUUGUUCGUUAUUCAAGUUCUGUCAUUGAUGAAUUGAGCCUAUCAUGUUGGAUCACUUGUUGCAUUACCAUCCUAAGACAAACCUUGUAUUAUUAUUGCAUUUCAUAAGUUGUAUAACAGUUAGAUGCUGGUACAAAUUGAAUAUUGGCACAUAAUUUACUCAAAUAUACUAUGCUGUAAGGAAGAAAAUUUAAUUUUAACUUUUUUUUUUUUUUUUUUUUUUUUUUAACUAGAAUUUUGAAUAUUUAUGGAUGGGCAUGUUGUUUUGUUACUAAUGCUGGUUUAGUGAGUGAAACUGGAUAGAAAAAGUGUAUUUCUUGGUGUAAUAAAUGUGUUACAUAUUAUAUUCCAAAUGUACUGUAUAUGACAAAUCAGUUUUGUCAGAAGUGAGGUUUAGGACAGAAAAAAAAUAUCGACUGCAGAAUUGUUCAUCUGGCAGAUUGGAGAGGGAUUAAAAGCUAGAUACUGGUACUAGUUCAUACAAAUACUUCAUAAGACAAUAGAAAGUGCUUGAAUUCAUUAACUAUUUAAAAUAAAAUAAUCAGUUUUGAAACACGGCCCAGAGGACUAUCACAAUAAAACUGGUCACAUACUAUGCUUUUGCAAAUGGUACUAAGGUUUUGUUGAUGUAAAAAAAUUUAAAGGAAUUUCUGUUGCAGCCUUUUGCAAAAAUGCCCAGAAAGCUCUUAAAAAAUUAAGUAAAAAUAAAUAUGAAGCAAGAACAAGGAGAUACCAAUUUUUGACGAGAAUUGGAUCAUAGUGUGUAGAGUAUUAGUAUGAGGAGAUGGUUAUUCAUUAACACUUGUUUCAGUAUAAUACUUUUUUUUUAUUAAAAUCUACUGUAUAAACAUGGUAGCUUGUGAUGGAGCUCCAACAUGUGCAAUGAUUUCAGUCAUAAUUUACUCUAAUUACUAAUUACUCCAAUUUACUCUAAGCCUUAACUUCUCAUCUUCACUGAAUUAUCAGCACCUCAAUGCCACUGUUGAUUCUUUCUACAGUAUCACUUGGAUACAGAAGAUUUAAGUAAUAAUUUUUAAAUCUUCAUGUAUGUUUGAGUGUGUGAGUGCAGGCACUGUACUUCCUACCUCCAGAACUCAAGUCUGACUAAACAGUUUUCUUGAAUCACCUUCACAAAAUAUUACCCUGUUCACACUCCAACAGUUUGUCAAGUCCCCAAAAGAUUUGUGUCCACUCACUCCUAUCUAAUAUGCUCACACAUGCCUGCUGUAUGUCCAAGCCCUUUGCAUAAAAAACCUCCUUUACCCCAUCCUCCAUCUUUUUCUAGGAUGACCCCUACCCCGCCUUCCCUCUACCACAGAUUUAUAUACCCUCCAGGCCAUCCUGUUUUGCUGUAUCCUCUCUUAAAUGGCCAAACCACCUCAACAACCUCCUCCUAAUUUCCAAGCUAUGAAUUCUCUGCAUAAUAUUUAUGCCACACAUUGCCCUCAGACACAAUAUCUCCACUGAGAAAUAGUUAUGCUAUUUUGGUACUUGUUAAAAAACAACUGAAGGUGGUGAGACCCUGAUGGAGCAGUCAACCCUUUAAGAUUUGUUAGUCUCUUAUCAGAGUGAAUACCCUUCCCUCAUAUUAUACCUAACUGUGAUGCUUGUUGAACAUGUCUCCUGAGUGUGCACAUUUUUGGUGAUGCCAGAUACCAGGCAGAAUAAGCCUUGUUUUUCACUUUUGUAUUGUUAAAGUAUGACUUGGACAUGGUAAACAAUGUCAAAGUACUGUAAUUAGUUUGUCAAAAAUGCAAUAAAUGAAAUUUCGUUUGUAUGCAAAUGGUAAAUACAGCGGUCUCUUCUUGUCAUGGGAAAUGGAACCCUCAACAUCAUUGCCUCUUAUGGCAAGUUAAUUUAUAAUUCUCAUUGAACAGUGACAUAAAACAUCUAUGCAUUACACAUUAAGGCUGUAGAGAAUAUGAAAUACAUAGAAGGUAAUUGCUCUACAUGUCAUUGGUUGGAGAAAACAACCAUCUCCUGUGAUUAUUCUUUUUUUCAAAGAAUUACUCCUAUUUUUGCACCUUUAUAUACAUAAUUGUCAAAUGCACUUUGAAAAGAGUAUGCGAUUGCAGCUACUAGACAGACUAAUAGUAAUAUUUGGUAAAUAAGCAAAUAUGCCAUUUAUUUUUGUUUAUAUUUUUGAAAGAUGAGAAAGAGAAAUUUUAAGAACCAAAAUUUACAAACACUCUUUAAAAUAGGAACAUGCAUUUUUAAUUUUUUAUUGUGGAUCAUCAAUAGACACAAACAUUAAAUUUUUAUUUAUUGAAAAACAGGAGUGUAUUGCAUUCAUAUUAAAUUUAAGUUCUCUGGAUUGCAAGUUUAUGGCUUGUGUAGAAUGUUGCAUCUUUUUUUUUUUUUUUUUUUAAUUUGAGAGCAAUUCAUGAAGAUUUACGAAAAACUAGUAAAAAGAUCUUCGAGAAUUGCAUCAUUAAGCCUUAAAAGUCAAACUGUUAGUCUUCUCUAGAGGACUUAAGUCUGUCUUUUUUUUUGCUCAAAGGAAUAUUGGAGAGGUUAUUUGAUAGUAUUGUAUUGGCAUAAAUGUGAAACUGUAAUUUCAGUCAUUACAGCAGUGUAUUUUGUUUCAGCCUUAGAGAAGUCUGAAAGAGUGUAGUAUUGAUUUCAUUGACUUUUUUUUUCAGUACAUAACACAGAACAGUAAUUUCUCUUUGCAAGCUACAGUAUUUAAUUUGUUGUUUUUUCCUUUGUUAAAUUUCUUAUGUAUUCUGUAUAUACACACAUGCACACAUGUACACUAAAAAAAAAAAAAACUUGCCAUGCUUGGCAUUCACCAUUAUCCUUGUGUAGCAUAUCGUAUAGUUUUGAUAUUUUCAGAUUACUGGGAAGGUUUCUGUGGCAAUUGUUAAAAUUAUUUGUACAAUAAAGAGAUUUAAUAAUAAUAUAUAUAAAUACUUUUUUCUGGUACAAAUCAGAAACCCACACUGUAGAAAAACCAAUAAUUUUACAACUUGUGCAUUGUAAAAUGCAAAAUAUUCUUGAAAAUUAUUUGGAAAAGUAAAGCUGCAGUAUAUAAUUUAAGAGUGAUUCCUAUAUAGUGAAUCACUGAAAAUUGGAAGCUGUAUUCAUACUAUCGUGUUUUAGUAACUUUUUUUUAACGCACUGGCUGUCUCCCACUGAAGCAGGGUGGCCUAGAAAGAAAAAUUCAAGUUUUUCUUUUUACAAUUAGUAAUUUAUACAGGAGAAUGGGUUAUCAACCCCUCGUUCCCAUGUUUUAGUAAUAUGAAUACAAGCACGUGACAAUGAAAUUACAGAGUCUUAAUUAAAAGUACAGCCUCUCCUCAUUUAACGAUGGAGUUUUGUUCCUAAGACCGCAGCGCUGUAUAGCCCUUGUGGCUUAGCGCUUCUUUUUGAUUAUAAUAAUAAUAAUGUUCCUAAGACCAUGUCGUAAACAAAUUUGUCGUUAAGUGAGGAAAUACUAUAAUGGUAGUGGGUGUGUGUCAGCCAUCUUUGAUAUAGUUUUAACAUCAUCUUGGCACCCUUAUAACAUUUCUGGUAUAUUUUUAAAUGUUUAUACAGUAGUGGACUGUAUAUUGUAAUAAACAGAAUAAAGGAAAUCAGCUCUGAUAUACAUUAUUUAGGUAUGCAUACUAGUCAGAGAGCCCAUCGUAAGUCCAAGUCAUUGGUAAACGAGUACGUUGCUAGGUGAGGAAAAGCUGUAUAAUACCAUUUGAGAAAUUGUUAGUUAACACAGUGCAGUAUUUGUGGUUAGUGCACUGAUCUCUGCUGUGGUUGUUUCUUUUGCCUUCAGUUUUCAGGAGGAAAGAGUCUCUACCUCUGCCAAGUGGUGGAUCACCCAGGCUGUGACGGAUAUGUGAACUGCAUGGCUGCCAACAGCAACAGCCUGGUUGAGCAGGCAAUCCACAGAAAAACUUGACCUCAGGCAGGGCUACAAGGGUAGGGAAAACACAAAACUGCUCACCUUUAAACUAUAGGUAUCCUACUACUGAAGUGUGUUCUCUUUAAGAGCUAAUCAUUUUAGGAAUUAUAUACCCUCCAGUGUGGUUCUUUGAUGCUAGUAAGGGGCUCAUGAUCCAAGGAAUUGGGCUUGCCCUCCACAUUCCUCCCUGCCUCGGGUAGUCUGACACUGGGUUUAGGGCUUCUUCCUAAUUUUUUUUUUUUUUCAACACGUCGGUCAUCUCCCACCGAGGCAGGGCGACCCAAACAGAAAAAUACUUUCAUCAUCAUUCAACACUUUCACCUCAUUCAUGCAUAAUCACUCCUAAAUAUUAUUAUUAUAAUCAAAAAGAAGCGCUAAGCCACAAGGGCUAUACAGCACUCCUAAAUAUACCGGUAAUAAUAAUUUAGGAAGUACAUUAUAAUCAAAACAAAGUGCUAAACCCACAAGUUUCAUAUAGUGCUGCUUUGUGAACUUUAUAAUAGUGUAUUGAUAAUUGAUUAUUUUGUAGUUUUCUUUGUCAGCUUUGUUUCAUCUUAGAUUUAUCAUGAAACAUCAUGCCUUAUUGCAGAAGAAAUCAUGCCCAUAUAUAUGAUAAAAAUUUGUUUAAUUUUGGCUUAUACAAUCAUAUUUUGAUGAAUGGAUUGUUAGCCAAUUUUUUGUCUUAUAAACUUACAGGAUUAGAGCGAUGUCAAUAGUAAUAUCAAACUAAGCGCUAAACCCAGAAGGGUUAUAAAGCGGUGAGAGCAAUGUAUACAAUAUGAAAAUUAGUGCGCUGGUUCAAAUAUAAAACAGGUAGAAUUCUAUACAUAUUAUUAUUACAAUCAAACCCCUCAAGGAAGGUUCCUUGAUGCUGAUGAGGGGCUCUUGAUCUAGGGAAUUGAUCUGUACUCCAGUUCCCUGAAUUAAACCUGAAUACUUUCCACAUUCCCCCACAGGUGCUGUCUAAUCCAACAGGUUUAGCACUUCCCCCUUGAUUAUAAUAAUAAAAUUAUGAUCAAAACUUAAGUGCUAAGCAAAUAAGGGUCAUACAGAAUUCUAUACAUAAAAGUGGGAUGUAGGUAUUUACUUCAGUUGAAGACCCUUGUCAGUUUAGCGCUUAUUAUUACAUAUAAUCAAAACUAACAAUACUUCAGUCGGCGAUGCUUAGUUACUUUGUUCUGAGUGAUUCGAGGUUUUAGUGCUUUCUGUGAAUGUUAUUACAACAACUGACUUACUUCACAAAUUCUGAUACCUUCAGCCCUUUCUACUUUAAUCUCUUGCUACCCUCUACCCCCGUACUAUCCCCUGCCCCGCUGUUUUCUGUAACCGGCUGAUCAUCCCUCCUCCCUUCUGCCAUCCAAUACCCUCGCUUCCUUCCCUACCCUGCAGCGCUGUAUAGCCCUUGUGGCUUAGCGCUUCUUUUUGAUUAUAAUAAAUGUGAAUGUUAUUACAUUCGUACCCCUCAACCGAGUGCUUGGAGGAAUGGGAAGCAAUCAGGCUCUAUCCAAGGAAAGGUACAAUAGGUCCAAUUCUUUUGAACAAAAGUCCCACGUUGGUAUAAGGCCACCUCUGUUGAGGGUCAUGAAUACUGUAAGCAGCUAAAUUCCGAAUGCUGUGAGCUGCUUAAACAAUAUAUUUAGUAAGUUACAUUUCGAUUUUUUUGAAGCUCUAUCCAUCCACUUCAAGAGGUUUGCCUUAAUGCUGGUGAAGGGUUCUUGCUCCAUAAAAUUAAACCCACUCUUUCCAUUAUCUGAUCAAACAUGAUUACCUUCCAUACUUAAAGUGCUGCAUGACCCUCCCCCAUGAAUACAAUAAUAUCAAUAAUACUGUAGCUGCUGGUGCAA